AUGUUGGAGGCGCCCGCCAUGAUGGCGGCGGCGGCGGCGGCGGAGGAGGCGGCGGUGGAGGCCGCGCUGGCGGAGCUGGCGGCGCUGCUGGCCCCGGCGGCGGGCGAGGCGGCGCGGGCGGGCGCGGCGGAGGCGGCGCUGGCGCUGUCGGGGAGCGCGGCGGGGCGGCGGCUGCUGGCGGGGCGGCCCGCCGCCCUGGAGGCCCUGCUGGAGCUGGCGGCGGGGCCCUGCCCGCCGGCGGCCCGCCGCGCCCUGGGCUGCCUGGUGAACGUCUCGGCCGAGCCGGCGGCCCGCGGGCCGCUGCUGGCCGCGCUGCCCGCGCUGCUGGGGCUGCUGCCGAGCGGGCCCGCCUGCGGGCUGCUGGCCAACCUCAGCCGGGAGCGCGGCGCGGCGCGGCGGGUGCUGCGCGGCCUGCGGGAGCGCGGCCCCGGGCUGGCGCCGCUCCUCCAGGCGCUCGGCGAGCCCCGGCCGCCGCCUCAGCUCGGCCCGCUCCUCUGCAACCUCAGCCAGCUGCCCGAGGGCCGCCGCGGGCUCCUCGAUCGCUCCCGGUGCUCGGUGCAGCGGCUGCUGCCCUUCACGCAGUACAAGGACUCCGCCGUCCAUCGCCGGGGCGUCGUGGGGGCCCUCAGGAACUGCUGCUUCGAGUACGAGGAUCACGAGUGGCUGCUGAGUGAGGAGGUCGACAUUCUGCCCUUCCUCCUCCUGCCUCUAGCAGGCCCCGAGGAAUUUCCUGAGGAUGAGAUGGAAAGGCUGCCCGCGGACCUGCAGUACCUGCCCCAGGACAAGCAGCGAGAGGAAGAACCUGACAUCCGGAAGAUGCUGCUGGAAGCCAUCAUGCUGCUCACCGCCACCAAGGCCGGCCGGCGCGUCGUGAGGGAGAAGGGGACGUACCUGAUCCUGCGGGAGCUGCACCGCUGGGAGCGGGAGCCCGACGUGCUGGCUGCCUGCGAGAAGCUCAUUCAGGUGCUGAUCGGGGACGAGCCCGGCCCGGGGAUGGAGAACCUGCUGGAGGUGAAGGUCCCCGAGGAGGUGGAGCAGCAGCUGCGGCGCCUGGAUCGGGAGGAGGAGGAGCGGUGGCAGCGGGAGCAAGAGGAGCGGCGAGAGGCGCGGGGUGCCACGCCGUGCCCCGAGGAGCCCUCGUGGUGAGGGGCUGCCGUGCUCGGCCUCUCCCAGGCACCCCGGUUGCCCGCAGGCUGCAGCUCCCGGGGGACGAUCAACCCAUGGGGUUGGCAGCCUGGCCCCCUUCCUCCCCGCUGCUUGUGAGGCGAAUUUGGGGUCCUGCGGGGCGGGGUUCCC